AUGGCUGAUCCUCUGGUUGUUAGGUGCCUUUACUCUGGCAAAGGUUAUAUGAUUCCUUUGAAUCAAUGUAUGAGCUACUCUGAGUUGUAUGAAGACAUUUUCUGUACAUUCCAGUUUUUGCCAAGUGAUGUUAUUGAGCUUCCGUAUUCAGUUCAUGGUUGUGAAGAAGUUAUUGAUGAAGACGAUUAUUUGGGGGAAGCAUUCAGGACUGAAGUUCACAAGACGUAUUUGUCUGAUGAGUGGAGUUCUUAUAUUCAUCAUGUCGGGGAUAAGUUUCAUGGUGCUGCCGAGCUCUGUGAGAAGCUCAGGCAGUAUGCAAUUGUAGUUGGUUUCGAGUUUGUAUUCCUAAAAAAUGAUUUGGACCUUAUUCAUGCAAUCUGUGCAAAUGUUGGAACCGAAGGUUGUGAUUGGCAUAUUCGCGCUUUUUCAUCAUCUACCAAUGGUUGCCUUUAUAUAACAGAGUUGAAUAAUAUUCACACUUGCAAGGGUGUAGUUAGGACUCAAAAGCACAAGCUUUUGGGAUCCAAGGUUGUCAAGACUUGCAUUGCUGCUGAUGUUAGCUAUAAUCUUUCAUUGAAGCCAAGGGAGAUUAUGAGCAAGUUCAAAUCAACAUAUGGGUUUGAUAUUUCCUACAAGGUUGCCUUGAAAGCAAAGCAUAGGGCUAAGGAAGCGAUUUAUGGUUCUGAUGCAGACUUGUUCAUCAAGUUAUCUUGGUAUAAGGAAACUGUUUUGAAUAGUAACCAGGGCUCUUCUUUUGUGUUGGAAGUUGACCCAUCUACUAAUCGUUUUCAGAGGCUUUUCGUAGCUUACGGAGGUUGUGUUAAGGCUUCCAAUUCUGUUUGCCAGUGUUGUAUGUUGAUGGAACGUUUGGUAAAAGCAUUUAUAAGGGUCAGAUUCUUUCUGCAACUGGAAGGAAUGGAAAUCAAGUGCCACACUGCGAUAGUUUACUGCUCUGCAAUAAAAACAUUAUUGGCCCCCAGAAGAGUCAUCACAUUUAUUAGUGAUCGGGGUACUGGAUUGUUGAGUGCUUUCAAUAAGGUAUUUGCUGGUAAUCCUCAUCUGUUUUGUUACAAGCAUUUGGUGGCGAACCUUGCCGGUAAAUAUAAGGGUAAUGGUAAUUCUGUCUUGAUAGAAGAUGUUAAGCAGAACUUUUUUAAGGUUGCAUAUUCCUCUACUCAGAAGGAAUACCGUUUCAAUUUGUGGUUGCUUAGAGCAGUUGGUGGUGCCGAUAUUAUUGACCCUUUUCUUGCUGAAAUCCCUGUGGAAAAUUGGUGCCGUGCAUUUUAUACUAGCUGCCGAUAUGAAAUUAUGGCUAAUGGGAUUGCUGAAUCAUUUAACUCUUGGAUUGCAAUUGAGCGUUUGAUGCCAGUUUAUUGUAUGCUGGACCAGACAAGAAUAAAACAAAUGGAGCAGAUGGGUGAGAGGAGGGAUGAGGCACAACGUUGGACCACAGAACUAACUCCCAAAAUGGAGGAAAGGUUGAAGGUGCAGAUGGAGAAAUCUCGUCAUUUCAGUGUCCAUUAUUCUAGCCCUGGAGUUUACGAGGUUCGAUAUGACUUUUCCUAUGUAGUCAACAUUUCUGAUCAUUCAUGUUCAUGUGUGAAAUGGCAGAUCAAUUGUUUUCCUUGUCCUCACAGCCUUGCUGCAAUACAAGCUGCCUCUGAAAAUGUCUAUGAUUAUAUUGACAAGUACUUUCGUGUUGAUAUGUUCAAGAAGAGCUACAGUUUUCCUAUCCGGCCGAUAACCAAUGUUGAUAUGUCUUCUUCUGAAUUUUCUACUGAAUGUAUAUUACCUCCCCUUGAGAAGAGGCCACCCGAGAGGCUUAGGGUGAAGCGGUUCAAGUCAGUUGGAGAGGUUGAAAAGAAGCUGAUUCGUUGUGGCCGUUGUGGCAAAAUGGGCACUCAUAACAAGUUGAGCUGCACUGAACCUCUCAUUCAUCAGUAG